AUGCUUGCUCCUCUCCCUCAAUGUUCUAUCAAUGAACCUGUUCCUAUCAUUCACAAAUAUUAUCAGUCAGGAGACCUCAUCAUCGCUGGCAUUAUUUCCCAGAUCUACAUAUCUUCAAGCACCAUAUCCUUUGAACAACAUCCGGCUCAGGAACUUUCUGAUGACCACAUGGUCCUGACUCAGAACUACCAGCACAUCCUGGCCUUGGCAUUUGCUGUGAAGGAGAUCAAUGCCAACCCCCAAAUCUUGCACAAUGUCACCCUUGGAUUCCACAUCUAUAACAGUCAUUUCAGUGCCAGCUGGACCUACCAAGCCUCCAUAGAACUUCUUUCCAGACGGGCCAAGUUCAUCCCUAACUACAAGUGUGAUGUUGAGAAUACUCCAGUAGCAGUCAUCGCGGGACCAAACUCUAAUGUCUGUUUUCACAUGGCAACUAUCCUGUGCAUGUACAAGAUGCCACAACUCAUAUAUGGCUCUUCUCCAGUCAUGAAUAAUGAAACUCAGGCUGUUUUCUUCCACCGGAUGUUCCCAAACGGUGCCUUUCAGUACAAGGGAAUUCUCCACUUACUUCUGCAUUUCUCAUGGAAGUGGAUUGGAGUUGUUUCCCAGGAUGACGACAACACAGAGAGCUUUAUAGAGAACAUACUUCCUCUGCUUUCCCAGGGUGGCAUCUGCUUCGACUUCAUAGAAAAAUUCCCCAAACUAACUUCUUCCAGUGGCUUUGGAGACAUGGUAGGAGAAGGGGUUAAGACAGUCAGUGUUGCUAUAUCAAGUACUGCCCAUGUUGUGCUUGUGCAUGGAGAAAUUCAGACCAUGAUGGUUUUUAGAGGAAUGCCUCAGAUUGCAGAAAUGGAGAAUAUGCCAUGGAGGACAAUGGCUAAAAUUUGGGUUAUGACAGCCCAGAUGGAUUUCACAUCAUUCCCCUUCCAAAGAGAUUGGGACAUACAUUUUCUCCAUGGUGCUUUGUCCCUUUCAGUUCAUUCAAAGGAGGUGCUGCUUUUCCACACAUUUCUUCAGAACAGAAACCCUGCUUCAGAAGAAGAAGAUGGCUUCAUCAGGGAGUUCUGGGAAGAAUCAUUUGAGUGUUCAUUUCCCAGUUCUGCGGCACACAAGAUGGACAGGAAAAGGUGUUCUGGGAAUGAGAGGCUGGAGAUGCUUCCUGUUUCUGUGUUUGAAAUGGGCAUGACUGCUCAUAGUUACAGCGUCUACAAUGCAGUCUAUGCAAUAGCACAUAGUUUGCAUGCCAGCUAUUUAUCACAAAUCAAAUAUACAGGAAUAUCACGUGGUGGAAGAUGGAAGCUUCUGGAGCCACAACAGUGGCAGGUGAUGGCCUGA